CACGUUUCUGUCCUGCAAUGUGAACAGUGCGCCGCAACACGUCUGCAACAAAAUGGCUUCUCCGAUCAUCAAGACGAUGACAGUGCUAACACGACCCUUGUAGAAUGCCUGUUGGUGAAUGGGAAGGUGUCUUCACACAUACAGCAGAAACAGAAGCCUUCACAUCCAAUGUGGUAUUUCGACAAGCGGGUCCGGAGUCUGUUGUUGGCAGUGUCUAAUCAAGCAUACUCCCUUUGCUUCGAUAUGCUUUACCGCCUUGGAGAAGUUGCGGUACUUGAACAUGUCAAAGUUGUGUGUACAGCAGUGGGGAAGGAAGGAGGUCUUGCCUCUUUGAGGAGCACCUGUUCUGUAUUCUUGGAGCCAUACAGUUAGGUGAUGCCAUAUCUACAAGCUUUGAUCCAGUUCAUUGUUAAAUUCAGGAAUCAGCCAAAACCUUAACCAAACCUCAGUAGGAGAUACUUCACAUCUUAGUGACGCUUCUUGUGAGUAGUUUCCAUAGUAACCAUGGAACAUUCCGAUUCAGGAAAAAUGGACCAUGAUGUGAAGGCCAGUGAUUCCGAAGUUGCCCAUGCGAACUAUUCUCCGUCCCACGUGUCCAACAUCAUAUCGCAGAUGAUCAAUGACAGUGAACCUGAGGACACAGCCUCUCCACGUGGUGAUGGGGAGGUCGAGACCGAGAUCAUCGAUGACACUGGUACCAAGUGUCACGUGUGUACCGUCUGCCAGAAGAUCUUCUACAAGCCGUAUCUCCUUCGGGUGCAUAUGGUCAGUCAUACCGACCUUAAGCCGUACGAAUGUGACAUAUGCCAUAAAACAUUUCGGCACCCAUCAUCUUUGUCAAUCCAUAAGAAGAUGCACGCUACUGACGGUCUUGUGACGUGUGAAAUAUGUGAGAGAUCAUUCACAAGUUUAUCGACAACUUCAGCAUCACAUGCAGAGCCACAUUGUUCAGCCAGCAAGGGUUGAGAAGGGAUGAGCUCUCCAUCAGAAAAGACAGAACAAGUCACUCUCUCACCCGAAACCGAGAGUCUUUCGUCAUCAGAAUCUUUUGUAGCUGUUGAUGAUUAUACGAAUGUUUCAAAAAGGGGUAAAAGUUCGGACAAAAAAUCCCAAUUUAGGUGCGAUGUUUGCCACAAGGUUCUCUCAUCUGCUUCCAAUUUGAACAAACAUAAAAAGGUACAUACGAGAGUAAAGAACAUGUGUACUCUAUGUGGCAUGACGUUUCCGUUCACUACUCAGUACGACAUCCACAUGCGCCAGCACAAGGGCUUGAAGAACCAGGAGUGUGACGUGUGUGGGAAGAUGUUCCUAGAGCCCGGCAAACUGAGGAUUCAUAUGCGUGUUCACAAUGGUGACAAGCCGUACGUGUGUGACGUGUGUGGCAAUGCUUUCUCACAGUCAGGUAGCCUGAAAUUUCAUAAACUGAAACAUACUGGAGAGAGUCCUUAUAAAUGUAACAUCUGCAGCAAGGUGUUUCGGACCCCGACGAGACUGAAAGAGCAUGAACGACUACACACUGGCGAGAAGCCAUUCUGCUGUGAAAUAUGCUCGAAACCUUUCAGGACAUCAAAGAUGCUUAGAAGCCAUAUGUUUACUCAUGAGAAGGAGAGGCGGAUGAGUCUAGAGGACUCGGGAUUGUGUCGGUCUGGUGAAGCUGCAGGUAGCAGCACCAGAAGCAGCUCGAUACCGUCGGACAGUUUUGUGAUGGAGAAUUCAAAGAACAUAUCAUCUGACUCGACAGAUGAAUCGCAGAUGUCUGUUUCUGACUCACAGAUGUCCUGCAGUCGUGCUGUAGACAUAAAGGGAUCUGCUGAUCAGCGACAGACGUCCUGGGAUGACAUGGACGAUGGGAUUCCGGGAUCUGAAGAAUCGACUUCAACUCUUGAAAGCACAGAUGACAAAUGUGUUUCUGUGUCCGCUGCAUCAGAUCGGCCAAGCUUUAUCAGUCACGGGACGGACAAAAUAUGGAAGUGCGACAUUUGUGGCCGAGCUUUUACAUAUCUCUCUUACCUCGAGCGACACAAACUUGGUUCAACACAGCGACGGCAGGAAGUACUACUGUAAGCCCUGUGAUAGGAUUUUUAAGUCGCUUAUGGCCUUCCAUGGUCAUAAGUCUUUCCAUACAGGGGAGGGCAAAACCAGCUGUGAGGUUUGUGGGAUAGAGUUCUCCAACAGCCGGAGU